GCCGAGGGGGCGGGUCGGCUGGCGCUGCGUCCGGCCGCGCGGCGGGAACUCGAGGCCCCAUUGGCCGCGCCGGAAGGCAAGGCGGGGGCUCGUGCGCCAACCGUCCCCGGGUCCGCGGCGGCCGGGCGCUGGCAGGAGGGGGCAGGGCCGAGCGAAGGCUGGGGGGAUCGAGAACGGGGUGGGAGAGCCAGGCUCGGCGGGGCGAGGCCCAGGGCCCGGGCGGGGGCGAUGGAGGAGGCGCUGCUCUCCACCCCUAUCAACCCCAACAACUUCCCCGCCAAGCUGUGGCGGUUGGUGAACAGCCCCCGGUACCGCUCCAUCCGCUGGGACGGCCGCGGCGAGGGGCUGCUCAUCGAUCAGCCUCUCUUCGAGGCCGAGCUGCUCAGCCCGCCCGGGGCGGGGGCCGGCGGCGGCGGCGGCGGCGUCGGGGGCUCCGGGGCUGAGCCCGAGCUCUUCAAAACCACCAACUUCACCAGCUUCAUCCGCCAGCUCAACCUCUACGGCUUCCGCAAGGUGGUGCUGGGCGGGCCGGGCGCGGCGGGGCCCGGGCCGGGGGGGGGCGGCGGGCCGGCGGGCGACGGGCCGCUCCACCACUUCCACAGCCCGCACUUCCGCCGCGACCAGCCGCAACUGCUCGUGCACCUCAAGAGGCUCACCAGCGCCAACAAGGCCAAGCUGGCGGCCGGCCUGGAGGUGCCCUGCCGCCCGCCCAACCGCUUCCAGAGGCUGCUCAUCACGUCGGCCUCCGCCUCCGCCUCGGCCUGCACCUCCCCGCUGCAGCACCAGGAGCCGGCGCCGCCGCCCGCGGGGCCCAGGCCCGAGCCGCACGGACCAGUGGCUGUAGGACAAUUCCACCGGUCAUUCCGGCGAGAUGGUUUGUCUCCUUACUCCUACGUAUCAACUUCAUCCCACAACCACAGUACUUUCCCUCUGAAAGGUUUAGAUCGGACCUCGAUUCCUCCUAGAACAUGGCAGAACUCCCUUGGAAUGCACCCAGGACAAGUGGAAACACCUCCAACUUUUUCAGAUAAAGGGGUUCCAUUUCCUGUACUGCAGAGGUUUCCAACUGAGGUUACCUAUACCCUGCAGCCCAGCGCCACAUCCGUACACGUUCAGCAAAGUCCUCAAACAAUGGUCAGCUCCUCCCAAAAAUAUAGUAACUACACACCCUCAGCGCAGUACUCCCAAGCCUACUAUCCAACAGCUGUGCUACAGUGCUGCUCUCCUUCUACCCACAUGGAUGCUCUCAGUAGUUGUGUCACUCCCACUGCCUCCUCCUAUGCACACUGCAACUACUUCCAGAAUCCUCCAAUGCAAUCCUCCUAUCCAGUUGAAUUUCUGCCUUCUAAUUGGCCUUGCAGUGCUACUGAUGAAAAUAAAAAGACAGAAGUAAACCUAGAGGCUGUUUUUCAGAUAGUAGAUGAAUUGCAUUCCUCCCCUAAAUUGGAGAUGGUAAAGGUGGAGCCUGUUGAGAAUCAGUGCCCAACAUCUCAGUCUAACAGAGGCCAACAUAUUCUAACUAAUUCAAACAACAGCAAUCCAUCUUCCACAAGUCAGGCUAGCCAGCUGGAGCCACUUACUCCUGUAGGCUCAGAUAUUACGUCUUUUGUGGUCGGAACAGAACAAGCAAUUACCUGCUCUCUACCACAGUCACCUGAGUACAUCUAUACCAUCCACACAGCUCAGCCUGUUGAAAAUACUACAAUGCAGGAAUCUGCAGGUAUCCAACAAGCUCGUGUCAAAUUGAAGGAGCAGCUAAGUCAUAAUCCAUCUCCAACUUCAGUAGUAUUUGUGCAGGAAGGGCUACCGUUCAGCACACACCAGGUGGAUGCCAGUAUAAAAUGCCAGACCAAUCCACCUGAGAAUAUCUUGCCUUCAGAACAGAUGGGAUUCCUAAUUUCAGAAAUGGGGCCUGCUAGCAAGCCUAGUAAAGACACAGGUUUAUCCACUCCAGCCAGAUACAGAGAGCGAAGAAGCAACUCACAGCAAGGAAAGUCCCCUGAUCUUCAUCUGCUGGUGGACGUGGCUUGCAAGCAGGAGCACUUUCCAAAGGAGGAAGAAUUGAAAGAGUGAGGAAUGGAUGGUAAAUGUGACAUUGUGCACUAGCUGUAGCUGGAGGCAAACUAGCCUUGCACAUGACACACUGUUGGGAUUUUUUCAGUUCUGUUAAGGAAAAAAAAUAUUUUUGUUUUGUUAAUUGAGAAUUUUGUUAAUUGAGAAUUGGGAAUUUGGUAUUUCCUACAGCUGUUCUUUUCAAAUUAUUUACCCUGAAAACUACUAAACAUGCAGCAGUCAUUCUUUUUGCUGCCCAGAUCCCUUUCAAAUGAAAAGUCUGGCCUUCCGUACAGUCAAGAAGCAUCUGAAAACUGCUGCAUCUAUGGUACUGGAGAAUAAUCUGUGUGUGUGCUGCUUAGUCGUCUUGCUGCUCUCAGACUGUACUCAACACAACUCCAGUAAGGAGUUCAGUCUAUCUGCGUCACGUCGCGGUGUGAUCCUUUUAGAGAAGAUUGUGUGAGAAACAAAGGCAUUUGAGGUCACCAAGAUCACAGGUCUAAAUGGGUCAGGAAUUCCAGGGAAGAAACUCUGUGAAAGACCUAAUUUUCUGAGUGAUUAACCAGGAAAUACUCUUACUUCCUAACCCAGCAUUCUGUUCAAGAGCAAGGCAUCCGGACUUGGAUCAUCCGUCACACUUAACAGCCCCCGAUUCUUUUAUAUUAAUGGGAGCAUUCUUCUAUUUUCAUAUCUUUCUUUAAUUUUAAUGACACAUUAUCAUAAAUGGUAAGAAAGUUUUGUUAAUCUAUCACUUAUUUAAAUGUCUUCUAAAGAAAAGUAUUUAACUUGUUUAAUAUAAUUGUAUUUAUAAAUGCUGGUAGAUUUAAAAGUUUUAAAGCUUUAUAUUUUUAUUAAUAUUGCAGGAUAGAAGGAUAAAGGAUACAUGUGUAAUAUUUUUAUUUUGAGGGGGAAAUGUACAAUGUGUGAACAAAAACAUUAAGAGAUUUAACACAGUGUUUUCUUAUUUUAGAUUUUUACAUUCAGUAAGUAUAAAUUCUCAUCUGUAUUAGAUAUUGUGUGCAAAUUUUGGGAGAAACCGAUUAGUAGUCAUUUAACAGAAGCUAUACCUCUGAUAUUUUUAAUAGUUUAUGUCUGGUUUAAGCUUCUGAGAGAAUUUUGGAUAGUGGGAUAGAGUGUGGCAUUUUUAUCUUAUCUCCUCUGUAGGAUUCUAAAUUCGAGUAGUAGAAUUGUGGGACUGGUUUUUAGGAGAGGUAUCUUGGAUGUCUAGUUUCCAAUGGUUGAUCCCUCAUAUGCUCAUCCAAUGAUAGCAAGAAACUUUCUGAUUUAAAGCCUUUUAAAUAGACUAGAACUUUCUUACUGGAUUCUGUUUCAUUUUUCCUAGUAAGCACUGCAGAAACAAAAGAAAAGCCUAGGAAUAUGAAACUUAUUAAAAAGAAAAGGCACUUAGUGAUAUGACAUAAGUACUAUGCUAGCCAUUGUGGGUGUAACAAUUCAUUUCUUAAAUUGCAUUGUGCCUUCCCAAUGAUGUCAAACCCUAGAAGUGUUACAGCAAUAGUAGUUUUUUGGAAAAGAAUGAGCUUUAUAUUGGUCUGCAGUGACUCAGUUUAGAUAUGAAAGUAGGUUCUGAAAAGUGACCUGUUUGGUCCAUCUGAUUAGGUCAGUUGAUGUCCACGUGAUGGGCAUUUCCUCAUCUUUAUUUGCAAGGUUUAAAAGAUGAGCAGAUCAUCAAGACUCCUGCGUCUUUUGGCCAGACUAUGUAUUUUGGCAGAGUAUGUGAAGAGAAGACCUAAUUUCCGAAUGAAGGAGCUUUGCCUUUUCUAAGUCAUGUUGAAAAACUGAUAUACUGCGUAGGUGAUAUUCCUUCCCUUAAAUAUGCCUUUCUCAGCCUUGUAUAUGUUGAAAAAGAUAUCUUCUGAGGAACAUGUAUCAAGCAGGAAUCUUGGCAUGGAUUUGAUUUCAGUGGUUUUCAGUCAUAAUGAAAUGCCUUUAUCAGCUUUCCAGACUUUUUAAAUAUAGGAAUACAAGAGACCAAGGAGCUGGAUCUCCUGCUUUACUCACAUGCCUGCUACCUAUCAGCUAAAACUGUCAUCACUGACUUGGGCAAAAUGGCAGAAGAUAAAAUAAAGUCUUAAUGUGAAAUAACCAGUAGGGUCUGACAUAUACUAACAAGGUUACUGACUAGCACCUCAGUAUUUUAGCACCUUAAGCACAAUAAAUUUCAAUCAGUCAACAAUAAAGUGAGUGUUUCAACUAGA